AUGUCUCUAGCUCAAAUCUCAUCAAUUCACGGCUUGCCAGAUAAUACUAUACAUCUCACCAGUGUGAUUAGUUCCCCAGAUAUUGCACAGCACACACCACAACAUGAACUCUCAAAAUUCCACAUCAUUCUCCAGUCAUAUAGCCCAGAACCUCCCUCUUGGAUUUAUGAGCCGUUGACUGAGAUCUUCUUUACUGGACAUCUUGGGGCUAGUACGGUUGGAAGUUACCCGCGGAUUGUGGUUGGAGCCGGAAAGUGGGUGUUGCACCGAGGCCAACACUUUGAGCUGGUUGAACAAUUUCACAAGGCUGGAGUAUGGGGAUCCGGUUAUGUAGUGAGCGCCAACUAUAAUCGGACUUCACCCCUGCGAAGCUAUUUGACUGUUUUCGAUCCAUCACCAAAGCAGGGGGGCCGCAUUCAACUUCUUGCCUGGGACUCCGAUAUUGUGAAAAAGAUGAGUUGUCUUAAACGUGGGGACUGGAUCACGUCUGGCGGGAAGGCUGGUAUUGACUCAUUCAAGGACACUCACAUUGUGGAAUCAACUGUCUCUCGCCUAGAACUCCUAGGACGGUCCGAAUCAACCCGAUAUUACCUCAGAUCUGAUCCAAAGAAAAUCCACCAGUUGACUGUAGAUGAUUGGGCGCCUGAGAAGUUAUGGAAGAAGAGGGGACGCAAGAUCCGAUUGUCCAAGUCCAUCUGGAAAAAGUAUUAA